AUGGAAGCAGCUCUUCCUGGAUAUGUCACAAAAUUUGCGCCGAUACUGGACAAGCUGGAGGAAGAUGCCAUGGUGGCCGUUGUUACCAUGACUGGCUCCUGCUGUCCCAUCACGACUGCCCACUGCAAUGCGUUCGACACCGCCCGGAAUUCCCUUCUGUGUGUGGAGGGCUAUCCGCAGCAGCCGAAGCUGGAGAAGUUCAGCGAGGUGCUGGCAUUACUUUCCCUGAACAGCGACAGGCACGUGGACGAAAAGAUGUUGCGCCAAAACGAGACCUCGGUUUCCUACGCGGAUCGUGCAGCUCUCGUCAGGCUUGCAUCCGCCGAAGUGCCCUGGAUGGAUUUCAAUCCUGGCAGAGAGGCUCAUGUCAUUGGUCGCCUCCAAGCCGUUUGGCCCCACCUGCAGUUUGUGAGGUUUCUUUUAAACGGCGCCGACGAUGUCGUCAAGUACCAGAAGUGGCAGCUGGCGAGUCCCGAAAAACGGUACAUCACCAUCGGCCGCCCGGGCUUCACGGAGAAGGUCGAGCAUGGAGCUCGUCGUGAUGGCGUGGCCCUGGAUCAAGGUUUCUUCAUACUGGUCCUUGGGGGAUCGGAGGUGUCCGACGUGAGUUCGACCCUUGUCCGAGACCUCCUCCGGAAAGGGGAUCGUCAAGGCCUUGAUCGCCUUCUGCAUCCCGAU